AUGAAAUCUUUACUCUUUGCACUGGCGUUUGCUGCGCCUUCUCAGGCCGGACUUCGAUUUGGAUGUUCGACAUUGAGCAUUCAGCGUCUAGACCCUGUGGUGGAACCUGGUAACGUGCCCUCUGGCCAUGUCCAUCAGAUUGUAGGGGGAAAUGCUUUCAACGCGACAAUGCAAGGCGAUAUCGCUGAGCAAGCCACCUGCACGACGUGUCCCUUUUCUGAGGACUUCUCGAACUACUGGACCGCGGUCAUGUACUUUAAACACGAGAACGGCUCAUAUCAUCGUGUCCCAAUAUAUCCAAAUGCCCAGAUAGGCGAUAACACGGCUGCUGUCCAGGGAGGAAUGACAAUCUACUACACACAGAAAGAUUUCAACUCAAACGGGAAUGAAAAGAUCACCGCCUUCAAGCCAGGUUUCCGUAUGACUGUGGGCAGUCCAACCACCAGUACAUUAGACGCAGCCAAGGGCCACCAUGGUCUUCGCUAUGUCUGCCUUGACAAUGCACUGACCAGAUUCCCUGAACUUCCCGACUUUCCAACGAAGAAGUGUCCUGGUGGGAUCAUGACUGUCCACCAUUUCCCAUCUUGCUGGGACGGCAAGAACCUCGACAGUCCAGACCACCAAUCGCACAUGUACAAUACAGUCAAAGAAGCAUUUACACCCGCUGGUCCUUGCCCAGCAUCCCACCCCGUGAAAAUGCCCCAGCUCGCUUAUGAAACCCUCUGGAACACGACAAUGUUCGCCAAUAUGUGGCCAAAGGAUGGCUCGCAACCUUUCGUUUGGAGCUACGAUGACAGAAAGGGAUACGGGACCCAUGGCGACUACAUCUUCGGUUGGAAGGGCGAUUCGUUGCAGAAAGCCAUGGACUCAUCCUGCAUGUUCCAGGCCUGCGGGAACGGGCGCCCUCUCAAGUCGCAGACGGCAGCUCAGCAGAACAAAUGCAGCAUCAAGAACACAGUAACUGAGGAGACCCAAGGCUGGCUCAAAGAGCUUCCUGGCCAGAAAAUGAGCAUGCAGUAA